CCUGCAGAGAAUACAAUUAACACAAGAAGAUGAUGUAGGGCGUCCAGCGGUUGAGCUGAAUGACACCAUAAAUCAAUUUUACAAAGAAAAGGUAUGAAUUGAGCCAUAAAUUUCCCCUAUUUGUUAUUGCAAUUUUUGCAGUUAUUCCAUUCAUCAAAUGCAAGGAGUAAGCUAUUGCUUCUUCUUCUUCUUCUUCUUCUUCUUCUUCUUCUUUUUUCUAUUAAUUUACUUGGAUAUAUUCUUAUGUUAAUAACCAAAGUAUGUACUUGGCAGGUUGGUUUCUCUGGGUUACAGUAUUUGAAGCUCUCCGAUUUUAUUUCCUCAGUUGGUGGAAAUAUGGAACAAGAAUCCUCAAUAGAUCUUGGAUUUCAAACAGCCUUGUGUCCUUGAAAUUUGUAAUUGUAGUGAUUUGAAAUAUCUCUUAACACCUUCCAUGGCCUUGAGCCUCGUUUCCCUCACAGAGAUGAAAGUAAAAAACAGUGAAAUAAUGGAGCAAAUCAUCACAGAAGAGGAAGCUACGGAGGCAAAUGAAAAAGGGAUAAUAUUCCCACUGAUAGAAACCAUUAACUUGAAGUCUUGUCCCAACUUGACAAGUUUUUGUGUGGGAAAUUAUAAACUUGAGUGUCCAUCACUGUCAAGGAUGAAAUUACUUAACGGUCCAAAGAUGGUUACAUUUGCCUCAACAUUUUCAAAGGUGCAAGUGAAAGGAGCAGAAGGAGGAAGUGCAGAAAGCAUUAGAAAGGAGGCCAUUGAUAUCCCUAUUGCAUCCUUUUUCAGUGACCAGGUCUGUUUCUUCACCUAGAAUUGUUGGUUUCACAUUUUCUCGACUUUUGAUCCACUUGUGCAGCCUAGAUUAUAUUAUUCUACUUCUACUACCUGCAUAAAUAUUCUUAUGUGUUGGGAAUUUUGAGCACUACAAUCCCACACAAACGGAAGCAAUAAAGAAAUUGAGAUAACAAUUUAACGUGGUUCGACUUGUACACUUUUCAACAAGUCUACGUUCAUGGGAAAGAGAGAAAUAAAUCCACUAUUAAGAAAAAGAGUAUAAUAAUUUAGAAGCUCUCUCUCACUCAAGAAGCACUCAACACCCUAGCUUCAAUGUAUAGAAGCUUUCAAAUUCUCCCUAAUACUCCCUCUUAAUCUACACAAGGAUUUCUCACAAUUUCUCUCUUUCUUUUCUCUCACAAGAGCUCUCCCUCAAUUUCUCUUGCUUUC